UUGAGUCAUCGGUGACACUGCCAGCAUAACGCUGAUCCCUCUCUCUCCCCAUCUCUCUCGCCCUCCGUGGCUGGCCUCCUGUCACUGUGGGCUUUUCUUUCUCCAUCGGUGGGGCUCAGUGCUACAAUGACGAUGAGGAGCGUGUGAGCGUGUGUCCACCUGGCUGGAUGUCUGCAAGUGUGCCGUCGAGGAGGCGGAAACAAUACCCCAACCAGACUUUUCUUUCCUUCCCCCUCCGUCUCCCCGGCGGCGGCGGCGGCUGGCCGAGCUCCACUCCUCUCCUCUGCUUUCCUCUCCUCUCGUUGCUGCCCUCCUCCCGGCUUCCAUGAGUCUAACCGAGGACAAGCCAGUCCUCCCUGGAAGAUGGGAAAUGCAUCAGACACAUCCGCCGUGUUUGCCUCCACCAUCUCCAAGGAGCGCGACAUCCUCAUGGGUUCACUCUACAGCGUCUUUUGUGUACUGUCCCUCGUGGGCAACUGCAUUCUGCUACUUGUUGCGUAUCACAAGCGCUCGACCUUGAAGCCAGCGGAGUUCUUCAUCAUCAAUCUCUCCAUCAGCGACCUUGGGAUGACGCUCUCUUUAUUCCCACUGGCAAUUCCAUCAGCUUUUACACACAGGUGGCUGUUUGGGGAACUCACCUGUCAGCUCUACGCCAUGUGUGGAGUACUGUUUGGUCUGUGCAGCCUGACCAACCUCACGGCCCUCUCCUUGGUGUGCUGCCUCAAGGUCUGCUUCCCCAACCACGGCAACCGGUUCUCCUCGCGGCACGCCCGCCUCCUGGUCGCCGCGGUGUGGUGUUACGCCUCCGUGUUUGCCGUCGGGCCCCUGGCGCGGUGGGGCCGCUACAGCGCCGAGCCGUACGGCACGGCCUGCUGCAUCGACUGGCACGCGCCCAACCACGAGUUCUCGGCGCUGUCGUACAUCGUCUGCCUGUUCGUUUUUUGCUACGCGCUGCCCUGCGCCGCCAUCUUCCUGUCCUACGCCUUCAUUCUGCUGACGGUGCGGGGGUCGCGUCAGGCCGUCCAGCAGCACGUGUCACCACAGGCCAAAACCACCAACGCACACGCGCUCAUUGUCAAGCUGUCGGUGGCAGUAUGUAUAGGCUUCCUCGGUGCCUGGACUCCAUAUGCUGUCGUAGCCAUCUGGGCUGCGUUCGGGGACGCCACGCUGGUUCCUCCUGACGCGUUUGCCCUCGCCGCCACGUUUGCCAAAUCUUCCACCAUCUACAACCCCGUGGUCUAUCUGCUGUGUAAGCCCAACUUCCGCGCGUGUCUGUACAGAGACACUACUCUGUUGAGACAGAGGAUCUACAGGGGAAGUCCGCGGUCAGAGCCCAAGGCGCGUUUCGGACCGACCUCGCAGCGCAACAACAAGGACAUGAGCGUCUCCGUGCGCUUAUCAAACGGACAGCAGGACAGCUACGGGGCGUGCACCGAGAACGCAGCGCCGUGUCACGUGACGUCAACGCCCCAAAGGACGGCCUGCAUCCUGACUGAAUCCACUAACAGAGAGGUGACAGUUAGCCGGCUCUCUGACGGACCACAGGCAGAUUUCCUCUAGUUGUGCAACAUCUUCUUCUACUUAGUAAAGCAGACAGGACAGGUGCUCCAGCAAAGGGCCUGCACAAGCCGAAAGGUUAUUUUGUUAUAUAUAUUAUUAUUCUAAAACACGGGCUUGCAAGGACCCCAAAUGUCCUCCGUCAUGAAAGUCCCACGUGUCUGUAAUCACUGAGAACACCAGGUUUACGUCAUCCGAACGUGAUUAUGUCUGGAUGAAUAUAUCUUGGUAAAGCUGGGUUCCAGUUUAAUUGAAAUGUGCAAAUUGACUGGUUUCUGCAGGCGCUGGAAACGAGAAGCUGUGCCGGCGUCGAGGUUAAUUAAGCAGGAGAGUGCUUCUGUCGCAUAACACAUGGACAAAGCGCUUUGUGUUCAGUAUCUGGGGCGCUGCAAACAAAACACGAUUUAAGAAAAGGUGUUGUUGUUAUUGUAAAGGAUCUGAAGAAAUGUAUUAUAGUGCUUCCUCUGAUAAUGACACUAACAGGUUAGUGUGUGGAAUUAAGCUUGGUUUAGGUUUCAUGAUGCAAAGGACAACUGGUCAGCUGGACGGUGAUGUGGUUCUCAAACCUAAAAUAGACCGGUAUUUAACCCCCAGUGGACUUGUUUCUGUGGACGUUUUGUCCUCGUCAGCGGCAGAAAUUCAUUUCGACGCAUUUACAGGAUCAUUUUACUGAAGAGGCUGCAGAAAAAAACUAAACUAGAGUCCGGUAUCGGCAUUGAGGUCAUUUCACUGGACGUUUUCAGGUUUGUUUAAAAGGAACCAAGAGGAUUGACGGGGGGUGACCAUUGUACAUGGGUCAUAAUAGCCCAUAGCUGUGAGCAUGUUUGAUACAAAUACUAAGUUUCUUAUUAGAUGAUUUGGUUCUCUACUUUCCUAAUUGUUGGUUUGAUUUAUGUGGUUUUACUUAAAAAUAAAAAAAUAAGUUUGGGAUUUAAGUCCACGCUUGAUCCCGCAAAAGGAAACUAAAAGAUGGAAAAAUGUGUUUUUCCUGAAAUCAGAACACAAACAGCACCCGUUUUACUGGUCUUGUCCUUUGUGAAUUCCUGUAUGUAUAUUAAGGAAAAUAAACCAGUUGUCGACAGCAUAAUCUAAAACUAUUUGAAA